UCUUUUUUAGUUCUACAUUUCUUGUACUUAUUAUAUAUACUUUCUUAUAGAAUUCUAAUUAAUUAAUUAAUAUAAUAACAACAAAAAAAUAUAACAAACAGGUACAAUUACAAUAUCGUAAAUUGAGGUACCCAUUUUAUAACAACUAUGAACUUUCCCUCUAUUUUUGUGCCUUUAGUAGGCCUUGUAUUUCCGGCAAUUGCAAUGGCUUCUUUAUUUCUUUAUGUUAAAAAAAAUAAGAUUGUUUAGAUUUUAUGGUCCAAAUUUCAAGACUUAGGCUUGAAUCAUAACACAUAUAUCAAUUUAGCGGAAUGGUAUACCACGCGAUUUCUUUCGAACAUAAAUGAAAGAAAGAGCCCUUAAUGCUUAUGUAUGUGAUGUAUAUGGAAAGAUGACGACAUAGGGGUAGAUUUUAUUAUUUUGAUCGAACUAAAUAAAAAUAGAGUUAGAUAUUUAAAUUUAUAAAUAAAAGUAAAAGUGAAACACAUCCGACAUCAGAAUAGUACUAGUUGAUGAGAGUUACAUCGGAAACAAGGCAGAGUAAGGAAAGUCCAAUUCAUUUUGGGUAUUCUUUCAAUUCAAAUUUAAUGCAACCAGAUCUAGUAUGAAUUGGCGAUCAGAACGUAUAUGGGUAGAAUUUAUAACGGGAUCUCGAAAAAUAAGUAAUUUCUGCUGGGCCUUUAUACUUUUUUUAGGUUCAUCAGGAUUUUUAUUGGUUGGAAUUUCCAGCUAACUUGGUAAGAAUUUUAUAUCUUUAUCCCCCCAGCAAAUUCUUUUUUUUCCACAAGGGCUGGUGAUGUCUUUUUAUGGGAUUGCAGGCCUCUUUAUUAGCGCCUACUUGUGGUGUGCAAUUUCAUGGAAUGUAGGUAGUGGUUAUGAUCGAUUCGAUAGAAAAGAAGGAAUAGUCUGUAUUUUUCGUUGGGGAUUCCCUGGAAAAAAUCAUCGCAUCUUCUUCCGAUAUCUUAUAAAAGAUAUUCAGUCUAUUGGAAUAGAACUUAAAGAGGGUAUUUAUACUCGUCGUGUCCUUUAUCUGGAAAUCAGAGGUCAAGGAGCCAUUCCUUUUACUCGUACUGAUGAGAAUUUGACUCCACGAGAAAUGGAACAAAAAGCGGCUGAAUUGGCCUAUUUCUUGCGUGUACCAAUUGAAGUAUUUUGA